UAUUGCCAAUUUCAGAAUAAUAAUAAUAAUAAUAAACCGGUAAUAAUGUCUUAUUGGGUUUCAUAUUUCUCUACGGAACCUCAUCUCCGCCCUGAUUUUGCAUCUCUAGAUCUGAAACGAAAAUGUGAUUUGGUAAUUCAGCUGAUGGAAUUACGUGAACUUAAUCGAUCUUUACCUGAGAUGUUUGAUGGGCGCGACAAAAACUAUUCAAGGCCUUCACAUCUAAAGAAAAAGGAAUUAAUGGCGUUCGGAGAGUUGGACGAUAAAGAGGCCGACGAUCUUAUGAGUCCUUCUUUGGAGAAAUCAAUGAUGCUGUUGGACCUGGACUCGGAAGAGGCCUGGAAACUUCAUGAAGAAUCUUGCAAAGAGUAUGACCUAAAGCAAGAGAAAUUUAAGAACCUUAAAUGGGAGGAAAUUCCCCAGUACGUGUCUGAGUGUUCCUCGGACGAGGAUGAGUACUACCUUCCUCAAAGUUUCAAGGAGCAUAUACAUUCGUUUGAGGAUCCCGUGCGUCCUUCUUCUUAUAAUCAAGAAUCCUUCGUAGAGAAAGAGUUACAUGAUGAUGAUGGAACACUCACAACAUAUGUACUUGGGGACUCUUACAAAAAUGAAUUAAUAGAGAUGGGGGCUGAAGAAUAUCGGGAAAAGAUGCGUCAACUUCUGCAACUUUAGGAGAAUUGGCGACAUCGUCCUUCAAGAAGACGUUAGAAUCUAGGGAAGGGUUUUCUUGUUUAUAUAUUGCCAAGCCUACCCAUAAGUCCAUAACCAGGUACCCAAAUUUGUAAUUUAACAGUCAUUGAUUUUUUUUUUUCCUAGGAAUCGUGGUAUAAAAGUCGAACUACCAUGAAACAAGCAUUACAGGUUUUUAUGAUGUGUGUUGAGGAGGAAGAAAUUGAUGGUUGAGUGUUGAAUUUGGUCAACUCAUUAUUUUCAGUCUUUGGGUUCGGCGUGAUCAGUUUCGUCGUUUAUAGGAGCAUCGACCGUGGUCUACAAACGAAGUUUACUUGUUGUAUGAAAACUGCGAGACCUACACGAAGACGACUACAAUAGCUUUAUAUUGCACAACCUUUGUCAUAAACGGGAUCUGAGACUUUUGAAUAUUAAGGGUGACGUGGUUGAUGAAUCAAAGUCCACAAAUUGGUUGAUGAAAGUGAGUUCAAUCACUUGCGAGACAAUGAUUCCAAUCGAAAUCUUAAUGUUAAAAUAGACUUCAAGACUUAACAAUUUUGUUUUUAAAAGGCAUGAUAAACAUUUUUGAAGAAUGAAGAGCUAGGACUGGUCACAAGGUUCAUGACAACACUAUAUAUUUUUGACGAAUGAAGAGCUAGGUCUAAUCAAAAGGUUCCGGAAGCUGGCUACAGUAGAUAUUUUUGAACAAUGAAAAGCUAGGACUAAUCAGCUGUAAUUUAGUUAACUUAUGGAGAUAUGCUACCACUUUUACA